UAGAAUAUAAUCAAAAUCCUGACAAUUGAAUUGACUCCUCGAUCGAUCUGGUCUGAUCUUCUUCUACAGUACGUAUAUAGCAUAUUCCAUAAUAUAUAUGUCGAAUUCUGGCAUUCAUGGACGUCUCCUCGAACUCACUGUUGUUAGCUGUAGCAGACUAAAGAACACGGAGUGGAUUUCUAGGCAAGAUCCUUACGUUUGUCUCGAUUACGCCACCACCAAAUACCGUACUAAAACCUGCACAGAUGGAGGGAAAAGCCCCAUAUUUCAGGAGAAAUUCGUGUUCACGCUGAUUGAAGGGCUGAGAGAGAUGAACGUGGCGGUUUGGAACAGCAAUACGCUAUCUUCCGACGACUUCAUUGGCAGUGGAAAGAUUCUACUGCACAAAGUUAUCUCCCAAGGAUACGACGAUAGUUCUUGGCCGCUACUAACCAAGUCCGGCAAGAAUGCCGGAGAAGUCCGCCUGAUAAUGCACUAUUCUAAUGCUUCUACGUCUCCUUUCUCAUCAGCUCCGGCGGCGCCGCCACUUUAUUCUCCGUUCCAACCACAUUCCACACCAUAUACGUCGUCGUUAGCUCCCUAUCCUCCUCCGCCUUACGCCGCAUCUUCCUCAUACUAUCUCACACCAUAUCCGCCGCCUUUCCAACACCAUUCAUCGUCGUCGUUAUAUCCUCCCGCGCCAUAUACCGGAAGCUAUCCACCACCGCAUUACUAUGGAUAGAUGAAGCAAGAUUGUUCAUAUAUAUAUAUAAAAGCAUAUAUUGCCGGCAUUUAUAAUUAUUGUUGCAUUCGUGCUUGGACAUAUUCAUUGUUUGUAACUGCAAAUUAUACUCGCAGCCCUAUGUAGCUAGCUAAAAAUUAAUGAAAUAAUGUGUUUUUAUAACUUUUA